CAUCAACCAUCACAUUCACUUAAACAUGCUGUGCGCAAUCUCAGGAGAGGCACCACAAGUGCCCGUGGUCUCGCCCAAGAGCGGCAGUGUCUUCGAGAAGCGACUCAUUGAGGCAUAUAUCUCGGAGAAUGGAAAGGACCCCGUGAAUGGGGAGGAGCUUGCCGCAGACGAACUCAUCGAGGUCAAGUCCCAGCGCGUCGUUCGGCCUCGACCUCCCACCCUCACCUCGAUCCCCUCAUUGCUCAGCGUCUUCCAGGAAGAGUGGGACGCCCUGGCUCUCGAGACCUAUACUCUACGACAGACUUUGGCACAGACCCGGCAGGAAUUGAGCGCGGCGCUCUACCAACACGAUGCCGCCGUUCGGGUCAUUGCUCGGUUGACGAAAGAAAGGGACGAGGCCCGCGAUGCACUAUCGAAGGUUACUGUCAGCGCCAAGAGCGAUGGUGAGGCUAUGCAGGUUGACGCCACCGGCCUGCCCGAGUCGGUGCUCGCUCGCGUGGAAAGUACACAGGCUUCACUCUCCAAGACCCGUCGCAAGCGUCCUAUCCCCGAAGGCUGGGCUACCAGUGAGACCAUCUCCGCUUUCAAGCCUACUCAGACCUCCGAGACCCUUCAGCCCGGCGCGAAGGCAUUGUCUGUCAACUCGUCCGGGGAGUUAGCGAUCGUUGGUGGCGCGGAGGGCACCGCCAGCGUGUACUCCAUGUCCCAGAAACAGGCUGUUCAGAGUCUACAAGCAGGUGGACCUGUCACCGGUGCCGCAUGGGCGGGUGAGAAGGCCAUUGUUGCAUCGUCUACUGGCUCUGUCAAGGUGUUUGAGAAUGGAAAUGAAGUUGCAAGCUUCAACUCCCAUGCCGGAGCAGCGACGGCCGUGGCUGUACAUGCCACCGGCGACAUCGUGGCUUCCGUCGGUGCCGAUAAGAGCUACGUGCUGUAUGACUUGACGACGAACUCCGUGAUCACCCAGAUCUUUAGUGAUGCCUCUCUCCUUUCCGUUCACUUCCACCCUGAUGGCCACCUUCUUGCUGCUGGUGGCCAGGAUGGCCAAAUCAAGAUCUUUGAUGUGAAGACCGGUGCUGCCGCCGCGAGCUUCGCGAUGACCGCCCCUGUCAAGGGUCUUUUCUUCUCUGAGAACGGUACCUUCUUGGCUGCCGUUACUGAGAACUCUACCACGGUAUCCAUCUGGGAUCUCCGCAACGGUCAGGAGAUCAAGGUGAUUGAGACGGGCAGCCAGGUUGAUUCGAUCAACUGGGAUUACACUGGACAAUUCCUGCUCACGGCCGGACCCAGCGGGUUGACAGUCAACCAGUACUCCAAGGCCGCCAAAUCGUGGUCGGAGUCUCUGCGGAGCGCUGUACCCGCAGUGGCCGCAGUUUGGGGCUCUGCUGCUCAGAGCAUCGUGGCAUUGAGUACUGAAGGUGGCGUUACGGAGCUGACCGCACAGUAAUUAUGAAUGAUACCUGGUGACAGUGAAAUGGAAAUCAACAAUAUUUGUCCUGUAUUUCUAGCUGGUUGUGGUUCGACUCUUGAACUUUCUGUGUGAACGGCGUCUCUAUUUGGAAUCUCUUUCUCUUUUGUGUCUUUUUUUUUCUUUUUGUUUUCAUCUCACAGAGCCAGAUCAUGAACGAAUAUUUAGAAUCCAAGAAUCAGGAUGAAAAGUG